AUGGAUCCGGUUCGGCCAAGUCUUGAGAGUGAAACCAUCGAAAUCACCCCUGCCCUGAUCCAUCUUAUACGGGAGUGUUGGUCUGAAUGGCCAAGACAUCGACCAGACAUGAAAAAAGUUAAGCAGCUACUCACAUCUAUGCAGACUGGAAAAAAACUGAAUCUCAUGGACCAUGUUAUGAAUACACUCGAGAACUAUGCCAGUUCGUUGGAAGCAGAAGUGGAGGAACGCAUGAAGGAACUGGUUGCUGAGAAGAAAAAGAGCGAUCUUUUGCUCUACAGGAUGUUGCCAAAGCAAGUAGCUGAGAAACUCAAAGGUGGCGUUCCCAUAGAACCUGAAAAUUUCGAUAAAGUAUCGAUUUUCUUCUCCGAUGUUGUGGGAUUUACUACAAUAGCAAGCAAAGGCACUCCUAUGCAGGUUGUUGCUCUUCUCAACGGGCUUUACACAUUUUUCGAUGAAGUCAUAGGGCGGCAUGAUGUCUAUAAAGUUGAGACCAUCGGAGACGCAUACCUCUGUUCGUCGGGGCUCCCGAACAGAAAUGGUCAUGAGCAUAUAAAGGCCAUUUGUGAUCUCUCACUGGAAUUGAUUAGCGGACUGAAAAGCUUUCGCAUACCACAUCUACCUCGUGAAACGCUUAACAUACGCGUUGGAAUAAACACAGGUCCCGUUGUGGCUGGAGUUGUCGGAUUAUCAAUGCCAAGAUACUGUCUCUUUGGAGAUACCGUAAAUACGGCCAGUCGAAUGGAAAGCAAUGGGAAAGCUGCCCAUGUGCAUAUGUCAGAAAAUGCAAGAGAUUUUCUUAUGACCACCUUCAAUGGCUAUGAGACUGCUUGUCGUGGUGAAGUGCUCAUUAAGGGAAAAGGUAUAAUGAGAACGCACUGGCUUUGUGGACGACCUGACUUGCGAAUAAUGGAUCCAAGAGAUGAAGAGGAAAUCGAGGGAAAAUGA